CAUACCAAGAAAAUGGCAUGAUAGAGUUGCCAUAAGUUGAAAACGACUGGAAGGCACACAGCAACAACAACAGCAGGUGAACAGGGUGGCAAGGCUGGCAUGGGGCCACUUGGCCACCCUGAGAGGGACCAAGGAUGCUCGGCCACCUUGGCACCAAUAAUGUCUGACAAGCCCCAGGAGGCAUUGCUAGGCCUGACGGACAGCCAUCUUAGGUGCAGCCAACACAAGAGCCAUCUUGAUGGUGCCAGUGGUGGUACUGCUACUGCCAACUCCUCGCUGCCAUCUGCACCUAAAAUGGCUCUCCGUUGGGCCUACUCCAUCAAGGACAAGAUGCAAGCCAUAGAACAGGUCAAAAGAGGCGAGUGGCAGGCCUCAGUGUGCCGGGAUUUUGGGGUCCCCGGUGGCACCCUUCGCAGCUGGCUGAAGGAUGAGAUGAAGCUGCGCUGGUUCCUCAACCAGUUGGGUGGUGAGGUGGGCACCCAGCGCAAGAAGAUGCGCCUGGUGAACGAGGAGAUCGGCCGUGCCAUCUACACUUGGUUCCUUGCCCUGCACCAGCACGGCGUGCCCCUCUCGGGCCCUGCCAUCCAGGCCCAAGUGGAAGCCUUCGCCAGGCAGAUUUACAGCCCUGAAUGCACUUUUAAGGCCAGCCACAAGUGGUUCUGGUGAUGGCUGAAGAGGCACGGCAUCUCCAGCCAACGCAUUUAUGGAGAAGGGGCUGGCAUUGGCAGGGGAGGCGACUCGUCUCCUCCUAAACCUGAAGCAGAGGUUGGCUCUGCGUUCUCCGAUCCUUCUCCACCCAUCCUGCCACCUUCAGCCACUGACGGAGGGGGUUACAGUGAUGACCAAAUUUACAAUGCCAACGUCAUCCACGUUUAUUGGAAGACGCUGCCAGGCCAAGCCUGCCUGUUGCAACACCGUUCUUGUCAACAGCCUCCCUCAGCUCACCAACCACGGGUGAAAGACCGAGUCACCGUCUUGCUAUCUACCAACCUAACUGGCUCCCACAAGCUGAAGCCUCUGGUAGUGGGAGACCUACAGGACCCUUCCUCUCUCCGUCACCAGGAUAAGUUGCCAGCAUGUUAUUUUUACAGCCCCAGGGCGCAGUUUGAUCCCGCUCUUCUCCGAGAUUGGUUCUUUGACCAUUUUGUGCCCUGCGUUAAAAGCUUCCUGCGCUGUCACCAUCUCCAGCCAAAAGUGGUGCUCCUCCUUAGCUGCCCCCUAGUGUCCCCCGAAGGUGGUUCUGAGGAACCUUCCCAACUUCAGACUCCUGACGGCUCUGUCCGGGUUCUCCACCUUUCCAUGGCGUCAGGGGCCUCCUUGGGAAGGGGAGGCCGUGUUUUGGCACCCCUUGAGCAGGGCGUGGUGGCAGCUUUCAAACAACUGUACAAGCAGGAGCUGCUACGGCUGGCUAUGUCUUGCUUGGCAUUGGGAAGUCUUGAAGGGUCCAAGCAAACUGGUGAGGACAUUUCCCGGGACUUCCUUCAUGCCUUUCUUCUCAAAGAUAUGCUGUGUCUAGUUGGGCUUUCUUGGGAUCUCAUCACUGCUGGCUCCAUCAAGAAAUGCUGGCUCCUUUGUUUGCGGGGUUCUUUUGAACCCCAUUCCGGAGGGGACAAAGAGCCAAAGGAGGAGGAAGAGACUGCUGGUGUGGACAAUCUGGCGCCCAGCGAUCUCGCUCACCUGGCUGCUUUGAUGUGCAAACACCUGCUGCCCGAGGAAGUGGCCAACUGGCUCCUCUUGGAUGACAGCACAGAUGCGGAGAAAGGAGAAGGGGGUCUUGCCCGUGGUGCAGAGUAAGAGAGGGACAUGGCAGGAUAUGAUGGUGGUGGGAUGGAAGGAAACUAUCCACCAGUACCCACUGCCCAGGAAGCUAUAGAAGGUUUGCAGAAGGCAUUGUGCUGGCUAGAGAGCCAGGACUCCCAGCAGGUUGGACCACUGAAGGUUGUGCAGCUGCGCUCCUUCAUCCCCAUGGCCCAGCGGCUGCAAGAGGCAGCGCCUUCCAAUCCCUAGCAAGGACCAGAGUGGAGCAGCUGGAUCCUUUCUGGAGUGCCUGUUACUGUUCAUGCAUCAAUAGGGGAUCCUAUCCUGAACCUUUAAUUAUGGGGAGGUACUAAUAUAUUCUGCAUAACCAGGAUAUUGUUACAGGGUAAUUCCUUCCCUCUCAGUUUUGUUUUUAGUUUUAAAUGGGGAGCUGAAGUUCCUAAGCUUUGGUCCCAUAAACACUAGUAUCGUGGGGUUUGUUGCCUUCAUUGCCCUUGGAUGCUAAUCUCUAGUUGAUGGGGCAAUUUUCAACUGCCUCAAAGAGUUUUUAAAAUGUAGCCCUCUUAAUACCAGCUAAAAUCAAAGGGGCCAAGAGCAAAUUAUGAUUUGGGAACCAGAUGAAGACUCCCUGGAGAAGCUGUUUCCAAAAAGAAUGAAAGUGGCUACUGUAUUUCAAAUGUGGGGAGGGAAUGAAUGGUACAAAACCCACCUAGGAUUGUCCAAAAGCAAUCUUCUUAUAGGGUGGUGUUCUUUGGAUGUGUUGGACUACAGCUGUCAUGAUUCCUUAGCCAUUGGAGGGCAUCAGUUUGCAGAAGGGUGAUGUAAAGAACCGGAUGCACACUCAUGCUUGAAAAACCCACAAAAACUAAGCAUUUCUGAUUGUUGGCAGGACACACUGGUUGAGGUUGGCACCAGAAAGAAUGUUUCAGACAACCAGAACUCACCUCCAGUAACUUGGGGACCAUUUUUGCUUCUUUAGGGUGCCUCCUCACCCCACCAAAAAAAGCACCUAUGGAGCGCAAUAUGCCUUCUAGAUGCUAUUUUUAGGGCUAGGAGUAAUGGCAAUUGGUGGAUCCCAUGUCCAUGGGCUGGUGAAUCUGGUGGUUUACCACCUUGGAUAACGCCUACAAAGUUAAUUACAACCUAGUGUGAAUUCAUCACCUGUGUCAUGGGAACCACUACUGCAAAUGAUUAAGAGCGUGGGGUCAAGGUCUGCACAGGAACACACACCCUGAAUUACCUGUAUUGUUUAGAUUGAUUUCAUGGGUCUUCCCUUGCUGGAACUGUCAAUAGGAUUUAGGUCUGUGUGCUAUUUUUACUUGUCAUUUUUGCAUGGCAGAUCUUUCUCCUGAAUACAUUCUGUGCAGGAUAAAAUGGGAAACUGCUUCUCUCCCAGCCCCUGUCCUUGGUAUUGGUUGAAAUCUAAGUCCUCUGUGAUGGAGAUAAUCGCCAGUCUCAUUUCUAAAUUCAGAAGAAGCCUUCACUAAACAAAAGUGGUGGACAGAGGGUCUCUCAGCCAUGAUUUUAUGGCAUGUAUUUUAAACAUGUAUAGAAAAUCAGGAUUGACACUUGCUGUGCUGAUGCAAAGCAUUGUCGGGGGGGACGGGACCUUGCUUCUUGGUCUUUGAUUUCAUAUAGAGAUGGGAUGAGAAACAUUUGACCGUUCAAAUGUUUUGGACUACAGCUCUCACCGUCCCUUACCAUGGUUUUUGCUGGUUUAGGGCUUCUGACAGUAAAAGCACAAAACAUUUGGUAAAGAAAAGGUUCUCUACUCAGAUACAGAAUGUCCAGAUGUUGAAGUGCAGCUCUCAGCAGCCCUGGCCCGCAUAGGCUGCAUCCACACUGCAGAAAUAAUAUCUUGACAACACUUUCACUCCCAUGGCUCAAUGCUAUGGGAUUCUGGGAAUUGUAGUUUGUUCUAGAGUCUAUUUUUAUAACAAACUACCAUUCCCAGAAUUCCAUAACGUUGAGCCAUUGCAGUGAAAGUGGUGUCAAGACAGAUUAUUUCUGCAGUGUGGAUGCAGCCAAAGUCAGUGUUAAGGAAUGCUUGAGGUUGUAGUCUGACAACAUCUGGAGGGCAACAUAUAAGUAAAUAAUAAAAAAUAAAUACCUGGCAUAGAACACCAGACUUUCCUUUUCCUAAGGAUUACCACCCUAUUUACUGUUUCUUGUAGAGUCUCUUUCCCCCUCUGUCUUUCUGAAGCACAACCCUUCUCCAUCAGCUCAAGAUGAGCAAGAUAAUACAUUAUGGAUGUCUUUUCCAUUCAAUCACGUCAUCUCACAGUAUGAAAAUAGCCCCCGUUGAGUCAUUUGGGUUUCUCCAGACCUCUGACAAAGAGUGCUGUUUUGAAAGGUUUGUGUUUGUAUGUCUCUCAUCAGUUAAACUUGUGGCAGGCAAUCCUUUAUGGUAGUUACAAAUGCAUAACCUAGAGUGUUGUAUUACAUAUUUGUGAUCCCCACGUAACCCCUAUUUUAGGGGCUACGUAGGUACCAUGAAAGUCCGUCCUGCAGUCCCCAUUUACUGAAAAGCAGCUGCUUCAAGUUCAAAAAUGAUCUUUGCUGCAAGGAGGAAUUGCAACAGGGAAACAGACUCCCAUCGCUCACAGCGGCUGCUUUUCAGUAAGUGGGGACUGAUGAGGAUGGGCCAGGAUUCACAACUGGGUUCACAACUAUGCUGCUUAUGCAUACCUAUUUCCCAUACAGGAUAAAACUAGGAGCCUGCCUCUUAAGACCAAUUCCUAGACCUUGGAAAGCAAACACUUCCUCUCUCUCUCACACCCCCCAUGCGGCUACCACAGUUCUCAGAAAUGUCUCAUGCAGCAUGGACAUGCUGAUUCUGGGAGCUAUAGCUGAAAAAAGAGCAGUGCUCCCUGUCUUUGCAAAUUCAUAUGUUGUUACUCAGUUUUCAGUGUGCUCAGUCAGCAAGUCUGAGGUUCACCAAUAAAUUACACAUUCGGAAUUUGUUUUUCUGCAUGCAUUCCUUUGCCACUCAGUAGCACCACCUUUAGAUUUAGAACUGCA